AUGACGAGUGCUGCUCCUACUGCUUGGAGACAGGCUUCGGCCUUCUCUAGACGCCUUUCAACUUAUGGCUAUCGCGCUCCUCGCUUCGCCACCCAGGCCCGUUCUUAUGUUUCCGGAACCAAGGUCGGCCAAGCUCAGGUCAAUGUCGAAACUGCCAUCAAGGAAGAACAGAAGUCGUUCAUGAAGCAGGCUGGUGUUCCUGCUCAGGGGGUGAACCUUCCUGGCACGACAACCUCCGCUGAUGCCGCGAUGAGCCCUUCCGCCGGUAUUCUCAAGCAAGCCACCGUUCUGGACCAAGGUACACGACCUAUCUACCUCGAUAUGCAAGCCACCACACCUCUUGACCCCCGAGUCCUCGACGCCAUGCUUCCCUACCUCACCGGAAUCUACGGAAACCCGCACUCGCGCACACACGCCUACGGUUGGGAGUCGGAGAAGGGUGUCGAGGAGGCCCGUGGACAUAUCGCCAAGCUGAUUGGCGCCGACCCCAAGGAAAUUAUCUUUACAAGUGGUGCGACUGAGAGUAACAACAUGUCUUUGAAGGGUGUUGCGCGGUUCUUUGGCCGCUCCGGCAAGAAGAAGCACAUUAUCACCACCCAGACCGAGCACAAGUGCGUUCUCGACAGUUGCCGACACUUGCAAGAUGAAGGCUUUGAAGUUACCUAUCUCCCAGUUCAGAACAACGGUUUGAUUCGGAUGGAGGACCUCGAGGCAGCUAUGCGCCCCGAGACUGCCAUCGUCAGUAUUAUGGCCGUCAACAACGAAAUUGGUGUGAUCCAGCCGCUCGAGAAGAUUGGCCGUCUUUGCCGGUCCAAGAAGAUCUUCUUCCACACUGAUGCCGCACAGGCUGUUGGAAAGAUUCCAAUGGAUGUCAACAAGAUGCACAUCGAUUUGAUGUCCAUUUCCAGCCACAAGAUCUAUGGCCCCAAGGGUAUCGGUGCUUGCUAUGUGCGCCGUCGCCCUCGUGUUCGUCUCGAACCUAUCAUCUCUGGUGGUGGACAGGAGCGUGGAUUGCGCAGUGGUACUCUGGCCCCGCAUCUGCUUGUUGGCUUCGGUGAGGCUUGCCGCCUUGCCGCUCAAGAUAUGGAGUACGACACCAAGCACGUUGAGCGUCUAUCAAAGCGCCUGAGCGAGGGCCUCCUGUCUAUGGAACAUACCGUUCUCAACGGUGAUCCCGACGCCCACUACCCCGGCUGUGUGAACGUCUCGUUCGCCUACGUCGAGGGUGAAUCCCUUUUGAUGGCUCUGAAGGACAUUGCUUUGUCUUCCGGCAGUGCCUGCACCUCCGCUUCCCUGGAGCCUAGCUACGUUCUCCGUGCCCUGGGUAGCAGUGAUGAGAGCGCCCACAGCAGUAUCCGUUUCGGUAUUGGUCGCUUCACCUCAGACGAGGAAAUCGACUACGUUCUCAAGGCCGUUCAGGCCCGUGUGUCAUUCUUGCGUGAGCUGAGCCCGCUUUGGGAAUUGGUGCAGGAAGGAAUCGACCUGAACACCAUCGAGUGGAGCCAGCACUGA